UAUCCUCAUCAGGGUGACUCUCUGGCUCCCAACACUCCUUCACCUCUCACAUCCCUCCAUUUUCUCCUCUUUUCUCUCAAAACUUUAAAGGAUUUAACGGGGCCGGCCGUGUGUGAGUGUGUAACGGAGGGGGGGUUGGAUACUCCUCCGUUUCCAUGGCGAUGAGUUUGAUGGGUGGUCGGUUGGUCUAGGCCACGAAAACCAACGGCGACAGAUUAUCAGGAAGUCAAAGGACAGACUACCGCCAUGGCCAAAGUAGCUCCAUCAGUCCCGUCCCACAUCUCCAGGUUAACUCCGUCCACCAUCGUUCUACACAACAUGGAGGAGGAGCCAGGUGAAGGCAGGGAGGGGGACAGAGCUGAUCAAAGAGCCGGACCAGGAGUUCUGUUCAACGUCAAUAACAGCAACAACAACGAAGAAGAAGAGGAGAAGAAAAGAAAGAAGAAAGAGAAGAAAGAAAAGAAGGAGAGAAAAGAGAAGAGGGCGAAGGAGAAGCAGGAGAAGCAGGAGAGGAAGGAGAAAAAACAGAAGGAGAAAGAGGAGAAGGAGAAAAUACAGAAGGAGAAAGAGGAAAAGGAGAAAGAGAAGAAGGCCAAAGAGGAGGCUCCCAAGGAGAUCACAGUGAUUGAUCCGGCAGGUAACACCUACUACCACUGGCUGGGUGUCAUCACCAUCCCCGUCAUGUACAACUGGACCCUGAUCAUAGCCAGGGCGUCUUUCGAGGAGCUGCAGUCGGACUAUUUGACAUUCUGGUUCCUCGUGGACUUACUGUGUGACAUCCUCUACAUCUGUGACAUGGUCUUCAGAACCAGAACCGGUUACCUGGAGCAGGGUCUACUGGUGAAGGACGAGCAGAAGCUGCGUGAGCGCUACAUGAAGAGCUUCCAGUUCAAACUGGACCUGAUCUCGAUGAUUCCCACCGACGUGAUGUACCUCGUGUUAGGCCUCAAAUACCCCGAAAUCCGCCUCAACAAGCUGUUCAGGUUCAACAGGAUGCUGGAGUUCUUCCAGAGGACGGAGACCAGGACUAACUACCCCAACGCUCUUCGUAUCUCCAACCUCGUCAUGUACAUCGUCAUCAUCAUCCACUGGAACGCCUGCCUCUACUACUCCUUCUCCAAGGCCAUGGGUUUCGGCCAUGACAGGUUUGUGUAUCCCGACCCGGCAGAUCCAGAGUUUGGUCGUCUGGUGAGGAAGUACGCCUACAGUAUGUACUGGUCCACGCUGACGCUCACCACCAUCGGAGAGACUCCGCCCCCCCAGGAGAACAUGGAGUACUUCUUCGUCGUCACUGACUUCCUGGUUGGCGUGUUGAUCUUCGCCACCAUCGUCGGUAACGUCGGUUCGAUGAUCACCAACAUGAACGCCGCCAGAGCCAGCUUCCAGGCUCGCAUCGACGCCAUCAAACAGUACAUGACCUUCCGAAAGGUAACGAAGGACCUGGAGAAGCGAGUGAUCAAGUGGUUUGACUUCCUGUGGACCAAUAAGAAAGCGGUGGAUGAGAGGGAGGUGUUGAAGUACCUGCCAGACAAACUGAGAGCUGAGAUCGCCAUCAACGUCCACCUGGACACCCUCAAGAAGGUGCGUAUCUUUGCGGACUGCGAGGCCGGUCUGCUGGUGGAGCUGGUGCUGAAGCUGCAGCCUCAGGUCUACAGUCCGGGAGACUACAUCUGUAAGAAGGGCGACAUCGGCAGAGAGAUGUACAUCAUCAAGGAGGGAAAACUCGCCGUCGUCGCUGACGAUGGCAUCAAGCAGUUUGUCGUCCUGAGUGAUGGAAGCUACUUUGGCGAGAUCAGCAUCCUGGCUAUUAAAGGCAGUAAGGCGGGAAACAGGAGGACGGCCAACAUCAAGAGCAUCGGUUACUCCGACCUCUUCUGUCUCUCCAAAGACGACCUGAUGGAGGCGCUGACGGAGUAUCCCGACGCCAAAGCUCUGCUGGAGGAGAAGGGACGGCAGAUUCUGAUGAAGGACAAUCUGCUGGACUUGGAGGUGGCGGCGCAGGGCCCCGACCCCAAAGAGAUCGAGGAGAAGGUGGACAGGAUGACGAGCACACUGGACGUCCUGCAGACGCGCUACGCUCGCCUGCUGGCAGAGCACGACGCCGCCAACAGCAAACUCAAACACCGAGUCAACAAGCUGGAGAAGAAGCUGGCGCCGCCGCUGCCUCCGACACCUGAGACAUAGACGACCAAAGAAGAGGGAGAAGAAGAAGAAGGGAGGACUGGGAUAUUAGAGCCCGGGUUAGCCAGGUCGGUGAGAGCAGGACUGAAAAUGUUCCUUAAAUUCAGAUUCCGUCCUGAGGAAAAGGAAACGAGCUUUAAAGGGAUAGUUCAGCUGUUUCUCAGUGGGGUUGUACCAGGUACUUCUCCACCUGAACACCUGAACUAUCCCUUUAACAACAGUCAAUCAAAGUCACUCGUCGCAUCCCUUUGGUUCACUUCACGAAAGUGGUAUUUCUGUUUCUAGUAAAUAUUUCACAUGUUUGUAAUUAUAAUGUAUUAUAUAUAUUAAAUAAUAAGCAGCACACCUGUUAUUUUACUGACUAGAACAAGCUUCACUCACCUGCUUUAAUAAAACCCGUAGAGGUCAAAGGUCAGCGCUGUCCAGCCGAUCACAUCACUGCUUUGUGUAAGAAGUCGUUGAAGCUUCGUAGCAGAAACAUGAACCGCAGAAAUAAAGAUAUUUUAUAAGGAAAAACA